GAAAGCGACCGCGUAACUUCCGGACGAGCUGGAACGCGAGCCAGAGGGGCUCGGCGCGGGGGGAGCUAGCCCCGGGGGACGGGGCGACGACACCCGGCAGGAGCCGCCCCGCGGGCCAGGAGGCCGCGCCGCCCCCCCUGCCCCGCCCCGGCCUGCCCUGUCCGGCCCUGCCCUGCCUCUGCUUUGCUCUAGCCGCCGGAGGAUGCGCCUCGGCCGCCGGCCCUGCCCCACCGGCCGCCCCUGAGGGCCGCCCCUCUGUGCCCGUGCCUCGGUGCGCUCCCCGCCCCCCUCCCGCGCCCCGCUGCCGGCAGCGUCUUCCCCCUUCGGCCAUGGCGGGGGGCGGCGGGUCGCGCUACGCGGCCGAGUUCGUGCCCCCGCCCGAGUGCCCCGUGUUUGAGCCCAGCUGGGAGGAGUUCAGCGACCCGCUCGGUUUCAUCGGCCGCAUCCGCGGCUUGGCCGAGAAAACGGGCAUCUGCAAGAUCCGGCCCCCCAAGGAUUGGCAGCCUCCGUUUGCCUGCGAAGUACAAAGUUUUCGUUUCACUCCACGAAUUCAGCGCCUGAAUGAACUGGAGGCAAUGACAAGAGUGAAGCUGGACUUCUUGGACCAGUUAGCAAAAUUUUGGGAACUUCAAGGAUCCAAUUUAAAAAUUCCUGUGGUGGAGAGAAAAAUACUGGAUCUCUAUGGUUUGAGCAAGAUUGUUGCUGGCAAAGGAGGCUUUGAGGUAGUCACGAAAGAGAAGAAAUGGUCUAAAGUGGCAAGUCGGCUUGGCUACCUGCCGGGAAAAGGCACAGGAUCGUUACUCAAGUCUCAUUAUGAACGGAUCUUAUACCCCUAUGAGCUUUUCCAAUCCGGGGUCAGCCUAAUGGGCAUCCAGAAGCCUAACUUGAACCUUAAGGAAAAAGUGGAGGCUGAGGACCUCAGCUCAGAUGCCCAGACUUCACCAAAGCAAGGUUCAAGAAUGAAUGUUGUGCUGAAGAGAACCAGACGUGUCAAGUCCCAGGUGGAGGCAGGAGAAAUGAGUAGAAAUACUGAACUAAAGAAGCUGCAGAUCUUUGGAGCUGGACCCAAGAUGAUGGGUCUGUCGUUGGGAGCAAAGGAUAAAGAGGAUGAGGUGACACGAAGACGCAAGGGAAACAGAUCCGAAGCAUUUGGAAUGCAGAUGAGGCAGCGCAAAGGAACUCUUUCUGUCAACUUUGUUGAUUUGUAUGUUUGCUUAUUCUGUGGCAGAGGAAAUAAUGAAGACAAACUGCUGCUGUGUGAUGGAUGUGAUGACAGCUAUCACACUUUCUGCUUGAUUCCUCCUUUACCUGAUGUACCUAAAGGUGACUGGAGGUGUCCAAAGUGUGUUGCAGAGGAAUGCAACAAACCCCGUGAGGCCUUUGGAUUUGAACAAGCUGUCAGGGAAUAUACUCUCCAGAGCUUUGGUGAAAUGGCUGAUAACUUCAAGUCUGAUUAUUUCAACAUGCCAGUCCAUAUGGUUCCCACUGAGCUGGUAGAGAAAGAAUUCUGGAGAUUGGUGAGCAGCAUAGAAGAAGAUGUUAUUGUAGAAUAUGGAGCUGAUAUAUCAUCCAAGGACUUUGGAAGUGGCUUUCCGGUGAAAGAUGGCCGACGAAAGCUGAUGCCAGAGGAGGAGGAUUAUGCACUUUCUGGUUGGAAUUUGAAUAACAUGCCAAUUCUAGAACAAUCAGUCCUUGCUCACAUUAAUGCAGAUAUCUCUGGCAUGAAGGUACCUUGGCUGUAUGUGGGGAUGUGCUUCUCCUCAUUUUGCUGGCAUAUCGAAGACCACUGGAGCUAUUCCAUCAACUACCUGCAUUGGGGAGAGCCAAAGACGUGGUAUGGUGUGCCCUCUCAUGCAGCAGAGCAACUGGAAGAUGUGAUGAAGGAGUUGGCUCCUGAGCUAUUUGAAUCUCAGCCUGAUCUCCUGCAUCAAUUGGUCACUAUCAUGAACCCCAAUGUGCUGAUGGAACAUGGUGUACCAGUGUACAGAACCAAUCAGUGCGCUGGCGAGUUUGUUGUGACCUUUCCUCGUGCCUAUCACUCUGGAUUUAACCAGGGAUACAACUUUGCUGAAGCUGUGAACUUCUGCACUGCUGACUGGCUUCCAAUUGGACGUCAGUGUGUGAGUCACUACCGAAGGCUUGGGCGUCAUUGCGUUUUCUCCCAUGAAGAACUGAUCUUCAAGAUGGCUGCCGAUCCAGAGUGCUUGGAUGUUGGACUGGCUGCCAUGGUCUGCAAGGAGAUGACACUAAUGAUAGAGGAGGAAACACGCUUAAGGGAAACUGUUGUGCAAAUGGGAGUAUUAAUGUCUGAAGAAGAGGUGUUUGAAUUGGUUCCAGAUGAUGAACGUCAGUGCACAGCUUGCAGAACAACGUGCUUCUUGUCAGCUCUUACGUGUUCCUGUAAUCCCGAGCGCUUGGUCUGCCUAUACCACCCAUCUGAUUUAUGUCCGUGCCCCAUGCAGAACAAGUGCUUAAGGUACCGGUAUCCACUAGAAGACCUUCCUUCUUUGUUGUAUGGAGUGAAAGUUAGAGCACAGUCUUAUGACACUUGGGUCAGUAGAGUUACAGAAGCUCUGUCUGCCAACCUCAACCACAAAAAAGAUGUAAUUGAGUUGAGAGUGAUGUUGGAAGAUGCUGAAGACAGGAAAUAUCCAGAAAAUGAUCUCUUCCGUAAGCUCAGAGAUGCUGUGAAAGAAGCAGAGACCUGUGCUUCAGUAGCACAGCUGCUUCUGAGCAAAAAGCAAAAACACAGCAGACAGAGCCAAGAUAGUGGAAGGACACGGACCAAGCUGACUAUGGAGGAGCUGAAAGCAUUUGUACAUCAGUUAUUUAGCUUGCCCUGUGUUAUCAGCCAGGCCCGACAAGUAAAGAAUCUACUUGAUGAUGUAGAAGAAUUUCAUGAGCGUGCUCAAGAAGCUAUGAUGGAUGAGGUCCCGGACUCAUCAAAGCUGCAGGAGUUGAUAGACAUGGGCUCUGGCCUUUAUGUAGAACUUCCUGAACUGCCAAGGCUGAAGCAGGAACUGCAGCAGGCACGGUGGCUGGAUGAGGUGAGGUCCACCCUCUUGGAUCCCCAAAGGGUCACCCUAGAUGUGAUGAAGAAGCUGAUUGACUCAGGUGUGGGCUUGGCACCACAUCAUGCUGUAGAGAAAGCCAUGGCUGAGCUUCAGGAGUUACUCACCGUUUCGGAGAGGUGGGAGGAGAAAGCCAAGGUCUGCCUGCAGGCCAGACCACGCCAAAGUAUGAUGGCUCUGGAGGGCAUCGUGAAUGAAGCAAAGAACAUCCCUGCUUACCUGCCCAAUGUACUGGCACUGAAAGAAGCCCUGCAGCGAGCUAGAGAUUGGACAGCCAAAGUGGAGGCCAUUCAGAAUGGGAACAACUAUGCCUACCUGGAGCAACUGGAGAACUUAUCUGCCAAAGGCCGCCCAAUACCAGUGCGCCUUGAUGCCUUGCCACAGCUGGAGUCACAGGUAGCUGCUGCACGGGCUUGGAGGGAGCGCACAGGAAGGACCUUCCUGAAGAAGAACUCAAGCUACAGUCUGUUACAGGUUCUGAGCCCUCGCACUGAUAUUGGUGUUUAUGGAAGCAGUAAGAAUAGACGGAAGAGGGCAAAGGAGUUGAUGGAGAAGGAGAAGGAAAAAGAUCUCGAUUUGGAAUCCCUAAGCGAGCUGGAGGAUGGGCUGGAGGAGGCCAGAGACACUGCAGCUGUGGUGGCCAUAUUCAAGGAGCGGGAACAGAAGGAGAUUGAGGCCAUGCACACUCUCAGAGCAGCUAACCUGGCCAAGAUGACUAUGGUGGAUCGUAUAGAAGAAGUCAAGUUCUGUGUCUGCCGCAAAACAGCUAGCGGAUUCAUGCUGCAGUGUGAGCUGUGCAAAGACUGGUUUCAUAGCAGCUGCGUGCCUCUCCCCAAAACAAGUUCUCAGAAGAAGGGCUCUAGUUGGCAGGCCAAAGAAGUGAAGUUUUUGUGUCCACUUUGCAUGCGUUCUCGAAGGCCGCGUCUUGAGACGAUACUGUCUCUGCUCGUGUCCCUGCAGAAGCUGCCUGUACGGCUGCCAGAAGGGGAGGCAUUGCAGUGCUUGACAGAACGUGCCAUGAGUUGGCAGGAUCGAGCACGACAAGCGUUGGCUACUGAUGAGUUGUCCUCUGCUUUGGCUAAGCUUUCUGUGCUCAGCCAGCGAAUGGUGGAGCAGGCAGCACGAGAGAAAACAGAGAAAAUAAUCAGUGCAGAGCUACAGAAGGCAGCAGCCAACCCAGAUCUGCAGGGACACUUAACUAGUUUCCAGCAGUCAGCCUUUAACAGAGUGAUAGGGAGUGUGUCCUCUUCCCCUCGGCAGACUUUGGAUUAUGACGACGAAGAGACAGACUCUGAUGAAGACAUCAGGGAAACAUAUGGCUAUGACAUAAAGGACAAUGCCAGCGUAAAAUCUUCUAGCAGCUUAGAACCCAAUUUGUUUUGUGACGAGGAAAUCCCCAUUAAAUCAGAGGAAGUGGUGACACAUAUGUGGACUGCUCCCUCGUUCUGUGCCGAACACGCGUAUUCAUCUGCUUCUAAAAGCUGCUCUCAAGGUUCCAGCACUCCAAGAAAGCAGCCUCGGAAAAGUCCACUGGUACCUCGCAGUUUGGAGCCCCCUGUACUGGAGUUAUCACCCGGAGCAAAGGCUCAGUUAGAAGAUCUAAUGAUGGUAGGAGACCUACUAGAGGUAUCACUGGAUGAAACUCAGCACAUCUGGCGGAUUUUACAGGCUACUCAUCCACCCUCUGAAGAUAGAUUCCUUCAUGUAAUGGAGGAUGACAGCAUGGAUGAGAAACCACUGAAAAUGAGAGGGAGAGACUCAUCCGAGAGGAAGCGGAAGCGAAAGCUGGAGAGAGCAGAACAGUUCUUCGGAGAUAUGAAGCAAAAGUCUAAAGAGUUGAAAAAAUUAGAAAAACCGAAGAAAAAGAAGCUAAAACUCACCAUGGAUAAGACAAAGGAGCUGAACAAGCUGGCAAAGAAACUGGCCAAGGAAGAGGAACGGAAGAAGAAGCGAGAGAAGGCGGUUGUGGCAAAGGUGGAGCUGGCAAAGGAGAGCACAGAGAAAAAAAGAGAGAAGAAGGUUCUAGAUAUUCCUUCUAAGUAUGACUGGUCAGGAGCUGAGGAGUCAGAUGAUGAGAAUGCAGUAUGUGCUGCACAGAACUGCCAGAGGCCCUGCAAGGACAAAGUAGACUGGGUGCAGUGUGAUGGUGGCUGCGAUGAGUGGUUUCAUCAGGUUUGCGUUGGCGUCUCUCCAGAAAUGGCUGAGAAUGAGGAUUACAUCUGUAUAAACUGUGCAAAGAAAACAAUGCAGGGACCAAGUAGCCCUGCUCAUGCACCACCUCCUUCUUUCUUGUUGAGCUACAAACUCCCAAUGGAAGAUCUUAAGGAGACAAGUUAGCAACUGCUCGAUGUCUGGAACUUGCUGAGAAAUGGACCGCUGAAACCCCUACAGAAAGAGAGGGUUUGAAUCUAAUGUAGCCACUGAGCUUCACUUCCAAGGAUGUACAGACCUGCAGCAGAGUUGGUCCCUUCCUUACAGCUGGCUUCCUUCAUACAGCAGGGACGUCAAGGCACAGUGGUUCUGACUCAUCUAUGCAGACACCGCCUCAUUAGGAGCUGCAGCCAGUGUUUUGACUUGAGUAUUUCCAUCUUUGAGAGUGGCUGUUGCUCUUAGAGACUGAGCUAACCCGAGGCUGUUAGAUUAGACGCUUCAGGGUGUUAGAAGUCCAUGUUGGCAGUGGAGCUGGCCUGGAAUUGGUGGCACGGGCUGGAGCUUUUAGCCAUACCAGGUUGCCCUAAGGAGGUUUUGGAAGUUAGCUUUUGCCUCCUCCUGCCAACCCAGUGAGAAGGGCAGUGUCUUGAGAGAGUUAAGUUGUCUCCGUAUCCAGGCGGCUAACACUACUCUAUAAGGAUGGGAGCAAGUGGAUGAAUGAAUGAAUUUCUCAUUUGUAGCUAAAGGGCAGAGGAGCUCAUGAUCUCAGAAAUAGCAAAGGCUCUGUGUACCAAAAAGAAACCCAAUUCUACUCUGCUAGCAAAAUCUUUACCUUAGUGGGGGACAGCUGAUCUUCCUGUCCUGAGGAGGGCUAGGAAAAAAUGAUGUCUAAUCUUGACCAGAGCUUGUGAAAAGCAGAGCGCUUCCCUUUCUGCAGGGGUGCCCUCUCCUGUUCUAGGCUUUGCUUAGAGUUCCGCACUCCUGCACGUUAAAGUUGUCUCACGCAGGACGGAGCUGGCGAGGAGGUACAGGGCACCAGCUUCUGUGAUCUGUACCCAGGAAUGGGAAGGAAAGAAGACAGCCCACUUACCUCAGAGGUUACACUGACAUGUGCUUCUGUGAAAAGUUUCACUCACAACUAUUUCCAGUAUCACCAGGCUACGGGCAUGGCCUCAAGAGAUACCAGCAAGCAGUCUGCAGAUACUGUUCGCAGUGCAAAUUCCCCUCCCUGCUGGCCUUGCUGGAUGCGUACCAGUCAGCAACAGUUCUUGUUCAAAGUUACCCCUGGCUUUGCCAGAGGACCAGAGGGCUUGGGGUCAUCCUGGGUGACAGUUGUUUUAGUAAAUCCAUUUUUAAAGAAGGACUUGUUUUUACUUUUUUCUAAAUGUCUCAGACUACUGACUUGUUCUAUAAAUAGAUUAUUUUUCUUUGAUUUUUUUAUACUUACCACUGUUAACCAGCAGCACAGACAGAGGUUCACAAAGCAAAAACCUGCCCGUGGGCUUGGGUUUUUUUACUCCAUUCCUUCCUUGUAGUACAAGGAAUUAGCAGUUACCUUCCCCAUUCUAGCCUGACCAGCUGCCUGUGUUUAAAUAGGUAAAUGCAUUUCACGUGCUACCUUUGUGUUUGGGUUUGUUCCUAUUUAGUGGGGCAUCUGGGCCUUAAUGACUCCAGUCAGUGCUGGCUUUUGUGUAUGUGAAUGUCUGAAGCCAGCCACUGGGCUGUCUUGUCCCCCCCUUCCACUCGCUCCCUAUUGUGUUUCCAUUCUUCUGCAGUUCUAGGAGUGUUGUAAGUAGUGUCCAGUCUUACUAGGAGCUGGAUUGGGAUUUAAAAGAAAAUUGACAAAAACAAAAGUGUUCUGUCUUGACUGUUCUGUGUCCAUUCUCUCGUUCUGAUAUUUGGAAGUUUAUUUAUCUGGCAGAAUUGUCCGUCCAAAAAAAAAAAAAAAAAACAAAGCAAACAAAACCUCAGCUCAGGUGGAUGAACUUUAUUGGUUUGUUUUAUUUGUGCCUGCUACCUGGGGAGAGGAAGAUGUGCAACAGAAAAGAGCUAGGGCGGGGGGCAGAAGGUGCAGGAUCUUGGGAGUUUUUUGAGUGCAAAUCGGUCACAGGCUUCUAAUUCCUGCUCCUUAAAGACGAAUGUGUUAAAUGGAAGCUGUGGUUAAGCGUGUGGCUGAACGGGCACCCUAGCAAACGUAAGAGUAUUAUUUGUUUCCUUAGUUAUGAAGGAGUCUAUGCUAUAGCUAGACAUGCCCUCUUUUUUGCAUCCACUUAUAUUUUUUUUUCUUCUCGAUGUACGUUUAGUUUUGGUAAACUGGUUUAAACAGUUGUUCCUUUCCUUCAGGCUUUAACUGAUGGUACUACAUAAAUGUUUCCCUAUAUGGAGUGGAUAGACUCUCUGUCACAGAUGUUUAAUCGUUCCAGAAGUAGACUAGUACAAGAUUUUGUAAAGAAUCCCAGUGUCUGUAUUCUUUCAUGACUCCUAGAAUUCGUGACACAACGAGGAAAGUAUGGUCAGCAUAUCCUGUUAACUGUCGAGCGUAUCCUCUUAACCAUUCUUACAUUCUCUGUCGUGAUAAAAGUCAUUGUUAUAUGUAAUUUACCAUCAACUGGAAAGAGUUCUUUUAGUAAAUCUGCAUUGAAUGUUCUUGUUUCUCUGAGUAGAAGGUGGUGUGAUCGUGACCAGAAGGAAGCAAAGAGCUAUACAAUGCAGUGGUCAAUCAUUCUGCUUGUAACCGGCGUAGAAAACAGUGAGCAGGAAAUGGGCAAGUAGUCACCUUCUUAGUUGCCGUUUCAUGUGAUCAUAUGAAGAGGUUUUUACCUUCUCACAAGGAGAUUGCUGCACUUCUUCAGUUGCGUGUUCCCCAUCUGCUUUUGGGUAAGGUGUUCAUAAACUGAAGACCGUUAUUAGCUUUACAUCUUACUGUUUAAACAUUUAUUUUUAAAAGCAUAAUUCUUCCCGAAGGAUUGCUGAUAGUAUAAAAAAUUUUGAAUAAAUGUUGACUUUUUGAAAAA